UCUUACUUCUUUGGUAACCGACCGUGACAUAGAAAGAAAGAUAUUGGCGCCCCUCUCUCUUUCUUUCUCCGCCAACGGCGCCACAGCAUUGUUUGCUGCUUUCCUCCGCCCCCAUUCUUUCCUCUUCCACUUUUUUCCGAUCUGCAUUUGCAUUCUCUUUAGAUGCCGCUUUUCUCUCAGUCCUCGCCCUGCUGCACCGCCGCGGCGGUGGCGGGGAUUAACUCGUCGGACCGGAAGACCAAAUUCACCUCAGCUGCAUGGAGGAAUUGCAAGGUCACGUCUCCACUUCUUCGUCUCUCCGAGAAUGACAAAUUCAACGUUUCUCGGUUAGCUCUUGGCCACUCUAGGCGGGGAGUUAAUGGCCAGACCAUAUCAAUGGCAUUAGUGGGCAACACUGUUGGGAAAAAAGGGGAGGUGGCCACCUCCUCUAGCAUCUUGGCAUAUGAUUUGAUUCAGGGGGAACUUGUGAGAUGGAGUUCUGUUAUGGACAGAUCUUUACCUGAUCCACCAACAGCUGUUUUUCUGCAUGGGAUCCUAGGAUGCAGGAAAAACUGGGGAAGUUUUGCUAGGAGAUUGGCUCUAGAGUUUCCUACAUGGCAGAUCCUUUUAGUAGACCUACGAUGUCACGGUGAUUCAGCAUCAAUGAAGAAGAGAGGUCCCCAUACUGUAGCAUCUGCUGCUAGUGACGUUCUAAAACUAGUUCGAGAUCUAAGAAUAACACCUCGUGUGCUAGUUGGUCAUAGUUUUGGGGGGAAAGUUGUUUUGAGCAUGGUGGACCAAGCUGCAAAGCCUCUUGCUCGGCCAGUUAGAGCUUGGGUUCUGGAUGCAACGCCUGGAAAAGUUCGAGCUGGUGGAGACGGAGAAGAUCAUCCAGCAGAACUUAUAUCCUUUCUAAGCACACUGCCCAAGGAGAUAUCUACAAAGCACGAAGUUGUACGAGCUCUUAUCCAACAAGGAUUUUCCAAUGAUGUGGCACAGUGGGUUGUGACUAACCUGCGACCUUCCAGCUCUUGUGGUUCACAAUCGUCUGGCUUUGCAUGGGUGUUUGACCUAAGGGGGAUUGCAGAAAUGUAUCAAUCCUAUGAAGAAACAAAUUUGUGGAAAAUUGUUGAAGAUGUACCUCGUGGAGUGCAUAUGAACUUUUUGAAAGCAGAAAGAAGCUUGCAUAGAUGGGCUCUUGAAGAUCUUCGGCGGAUCCAUGCGGCUGAAGAGCUUGCAGCUGAGGAAGGAGGUGGAGUUGAAAUGCACGUCCUUGAAGAUGCUGGCCACUGGGUGCAUGCUGAUAACCCAGACGGACUCUUCAGGAUACUGUCAUCAUCUUUCCAGGGAGGCAAGACCUGAGAUUGCAAUGUCUACUAGAUGGGAUUUUCCAUUCGAAGUUUGACGCCAUUCCUUCCCAUUUUCUUUGUUUAGUUAUCCCUUUUGUAUAUGCUAUUUUAUUUUUUUCACUGUAAUAAUUUUUAUCGUUACCCUAUUCAUUAAAUCUCCUCCAAUCCCAUGUUUUAUGUCAUCUGCAAGUAGCGUUGAUGUCCAAUUGUACGAUCGUUGCUUUGGUUGCUUUGUCCGCAGGUAAUUCUCCACUACUUAAAUAUCA